ACAGAGAGCAUCCUGGGGGCCGGAAGGAGGUGGAAACUCCUGCAUCCUACGGGAGUGCCAGCAGACGCGCGUGGUAAGAGAGCGCGUGGCUGUUAUAGAGGCUUGUUGCUGGAGCGCGUGGCUCGUGCGCGGAAGUCAGAGGUGACCGAAAGCCUGACGUCGCUGUAGAAGCUGAGACCGCGAGCUAUGGUGGGGAGAUCUCGGCGGCGCGGAGCGGCCAAGUGGGCAGCUGUGCGAGCUAAGGCAGGUCGCGACCCAGCGGACGAAAAUGAUGACAAUUUGGAAUCUCCACCCUCACCAGGGGACUCCAGCUACUACCAAGAUAAGGUAGAUGAUUUCCAUGAGGCCCGAUCUCGGGCCGCCUUGGCUAAGGGAUGGAGCGAAGUGGAGAGUGGGGACGAGGAGGAGGAUGGCGAUGAGGAGGAGGUGCUUGCCCUAGAUAUCGCCGAUGAGGACGAUGAAGAGAGUGCGGGGAAUGAGGAGGAGGACGAUGAUGAUGGUGGGAGCUCCAUGCAGAGUGAGGCUGAGGCCUCGGUGGAUCCCAGUUUGUCGUGGGGUCAGAGGAAAAAACUUUACUACGACACGGACUAUGGUUCCAAGUCCCGAGGCCGGCAGAGUCAACAAGAAGUAGAGGAAGAGGAAAGAGAGGAGGAGGAGGAGGCACAGCUCAUUCAGCGGCGUUUAGCCCAAGCUCUGCAAGAGGACGAUUUUGGAGUUACCUGGGUGGAGGCCUUUGCAAAACCAGUACCUCAGGUAAAUGAGGUUGAGACACGGGUCGUGAAGGAUCUGGCGAAAGUUUCAGUGAAAGAGAAGCUGAAGAUGCUGCGAAAGGAAUCACCAGAGCUCUUGGAGCUGAUAGAUGACCUGAAAGUUAAGUUGACAGAGGUGAAGGAUGAGCUGGAGCCAUUGCUACAGUUGGUGGAGCGAAAGAUCAUUCCACCUGGAAAAGGAAGCCAAUACCUGAGGACCAAAUACAACCUCUAUUUGAACUACUGCUCCAACAUCAGUUUUUAUCUGAUCCUGAAAGCUAGGAGAGUCCCUGCACAUGGACAUCCUGUCAUAGAAAGGCUUGUUACCUACCGAAAUUUGAUCAACAAGCUGUCAGUUGUGGAUCAGAAGCUGUCCUCUGAGAUUCGUCAUCUGCUCACACUUAAAGAUGGUGCUGGAAAGGAAGAACUGAAUCUAAAAGCAAAAUCCACAAAGGCCAAGCCAAAAUCUGUUUCUGCUGUUGCUGCCUCCGCUGUUACAGACCUUUCUGAUGAUUCUGAUUUUGAUGAAGCUGCACUGAAAUACUAUAAAGAAAUAGAAGACAGACAAAAAUUGAAGAGAAAGAAAGAAGAUAGUACUGAAGAACAGGCUCCUGAAGUUCAAAAUACAAAGAGAGCCAUUACUUAUCAGAUUGCUAAAAAUAGGGGACUUACACCUAGGAGAAAGAAGAUUGAUCGGAAUCCCAGAGUGAAACACCGGGAGAAGUUCAGAAGAGCCAAAAUUCGCAGAAGAGGCCAGGUUCGUGAAGUUCGUAGAGAAGAGCAACGUUAUAGUGGUGAACUAUCUGGCAUUCGUGCAGGAGUUAAAAAGAGCAUUAAGCUUAAAUAAAGUUUUUGCUUAGUUUAAGUUUUUUGGCGAUAAUUUUGGAUCAAUACAUUUUUAUUUUUAACUGGUGACGUGAUUGUAUUAAUACUUAAUAUCUAACCGUAAAUUUUAAAAAGUCUGUCAAUAGGGAAAAUUGUUUGGGUUACUGCUUAAUUUAUUUGUGUUUUAAUUUGUAAUCAGAUCAUACUAAGAACUGCGGGAACAAUAUGAGGGUGCGUGGGAAGAGAGAUGGUGAUGAAAAAAGUUCUCUAACAUUCUGUCAAAUAGUAGCCUAGGGAAAUUCCACAGCUAGUUGUGGAGCAACAGUCAAACUUAUAGUACUUUUAUAAUUUUUCACAUAAAGUGAAGAGAAUGCACCUUUGGCAGUCAUCUUAUUUGUAAGAUAGGCUAUAAAGUAGUUCUGACAUUAUUUCAUUUACCUAAAGUAUAGUUCUCGAGCAGCAUACUUGUUAAUAAUGAGUCUACUAUUGACUUAAGGAUUUUGUACAUUUUAUUGUGGUACAAGCUUAGCACUGAAGAGGAACUUGGUUAAAAACAGAAAGAGGUAUGCCUUAAUUACAUUAACUGUGAGUAUUUUUUAAUAGUCCUUAAUGUGGUAAGAUAAAAAUUCCAUUUCCCCUUCUGUACUGGUGGGUGCUCUUUGUACACUCCACUUGCUGAAAAUCUGGUAUGAUUACUACUGGGUAAGUGGUAACUUCAGGUGGUAACACAAUUACACUUUUCGUUAUAGUUAUUCUGGUCUUUACAGUAGGGAAAAGAUGAGAUGGUGAACUUAAAAAUUUUUAGGAUGAUGCCAGGGAGAAAAUGACAGGACUAGUGAAGGAAAGCACAAAGGACAUCUUACCUAUGUCACUGUUUAUUCAUUAAACAUUGUGCUAGCUGCUAGAAAUGCAGAGAUGGUCAGUGGUUAAUAUUUAUUAUUAAAACAUUUGCCACAAGUUUGUGCGGUGGUACUGUUCUCUUCUGUCAGAGAUGAGGAUGCUGAAAUUCCCGGAGGUUAACUUCCUAAAGGACAUAUGCUUGGGAUUUGGACCCAAGCCGGCUUAAUUUGAGCCUUCAUUCUUUUAACUUCUGGCUUACAGCUGCUGCCAGAGUAGUGCACAUGCCAGAUUAUUUUCUUAUAAAUAAAAAAAGAAAGUUAGAAAUAAAAGUUUAUAUUGAGUGCAAAGGUACUUUUGUAAGCAUUUUAUUUAUAUCCUUAUUCCUCACAACUCUUAUGUAGUAAAUUCUAUUAUCCAUGUUUUAAGGAUGAAGAAACUGGCAAAGAGAAGUAACUUUCUCAAGGUCAUAUAGUUAUUAAGUGGUAGAGCCAGGAUUUCAUCCUAGCCUUUCUGGCUUAAGAGCCAUAUCCUAUACUUCCUUUUCUGAUAUAGUAAAAAAGUACAGGUUUUGGAGUUAACUUACUAGGUUGAUUUUGAGUUAAUUACUUGAUCGCUGACUCAUUUUCUUCAUCUAUAUGGUACUAUUAUUUUACCUACCUUGGGUAUAGGUAUAUACAUAAAACAGUGGUUAAGAGCUAUGAGACAAUAGAAAAUAUAUAUACUGGUUUCUGGCAUAGAACUCCUAAAACCCUUGUAAAUUCCUAAGUAGUAAGAGCACUGGGAACAGCAUUUGUUCUAAUAAGGUGACUCUAAGUGAGCUCCUGGAUGGGGGCUGGUCACCAGAAAGACCAAGCCGUGAUUAGAAGCUUGGCAUUUUCAGCCCCAGACCCCCAUGCUCCAGAGAGGGGAGAGAGGCUAGAGAUGGAGUUAAUAACUGGUCAUGUCUAUGUGAGGAGGCCUCCACAAAAUCCCGAUGUUAUGGGGUUUGGGGACCUUCCAGAAUGGUGAACACAUCCUCAUACUGGGAGGGUGAUGCACCCCACUCCAUGGGGACAGCAGCUCCUGUGCUGGGGAUCCUCCCCGUCUUCACCCUAUGUACUUCUUUAUCUAGCUGUUCAUCUAUAGUUUUUAUCAUGUUCUUUAGUAAAGUGUAAACUAAGUGUUUCCCUGAGUUCUGUGAGCCACUCUAGCAAAUUAAUCAAACCCAAGGUGGGAGUUAUGGGAACCUCAGACUUAAAGUCCAUCAGUCAGAAGCACAGAUAACAACCUGGACUUGUGAUUGGCAUCUAAAGUGGAGUAGGGGCAGUCUUUUGGGACCAAGCCCUUAACCUGUGGGAUCUGACGCUACCUCCAGGUAGACUGUCAGAGUUGGUUAAAUUGUAGGACACCCAGCUGGUGUUGCAGAGAAUUGCUUGGUGGGGGAAACAUGGUGUCAGAAGUGUUGUGAGUGGUAAUAGUGUGACAGUAAAGGAGAAACACACAGGUGGAAAACUCAAGUUUUUCCGAUUCAAAAGCAGGCUUCACCCAGAUUCCUACCCCAGUUUCAUCAAUUAGUACCUGUGACUAGGGGCAAGUUACUUGAUCUCUCUUCCUGAGUUUUUUCAUCUAAACCGGGGAUAGUAGUAGUAGUACCUACUUCAUAGAAUUAUUAUGAGGAUAAAGUGAAUUAAUAUAUGUAAUGCACUUAGAACAACGCCUGUUACACAGCAAACACCUAAUAAGUGUUGGCUUUGGCUUUUUUUUUUUCUUUUUUUUUUUUUGGACACGCUGUGUGACUUGUGGGAUCUUAGCUCCCCAACCAGGGAUCGAACCCAGGCCCUCAGCAGUGAAAGCUUGGAGUCCCACCAACCACUGGACCACCAGGGAACGCCCAGUGUUGGCUCUUAUCACAGGUCGUGAGCAUCCACAUCUGACAUACAGAUGCUCAACACAUAGCUAAUAGUGUAGUGAUUCCUAUUCAUUGCAGGAACAUAGAGAAUAAAAUAUAGUCGUAUAUGUAAAAAUGCUUAAGAAGUUAAUAUUCUAAGUUUGGAACAAGAGGGGAGCACUGGGUAAGUGAGCACAUGAAGGGAUAUAGAAAAUCUGGGAAAGGACAAAAACAAGGAAAUGAAGUUAGAGGUUGAAGGUAUUUAAUGUUCUACGUCGAAUUUCUGCCACAUGUAACGUUGUGCUAAGGGGAAAAAAAAACGUUUUAAAGGAAGAAAAAUCUUCCAUCAAGGAAAGUGGAAAAAAUUAAGGCAUAUUUCUCCAAAUGUAUCACAUAUUCUUUUAGAGACCUCACAACACUAUAAAUAUUAAUUCAUUCUGUAAUAGCUAGGAUCUAGAUGGUACUAUUCUAUUUUAUAAACAUAAAACGUGGCUUUGCCUGAGGUGAAUUAACAGUAAAUGAAGUAACAGAGAAACUACUGGAUUUAAUGUUUACAUCUUCCAAAUUUUGUAUUUACUUAACAAACAUUUAAAGAGCACUGAGAUGUGCUGGAUACUGUCCUAACAUGAAUAAUAAAUUGUUAACUAUUCAGUAUGAUCAUUUUUCAUAGAGACUCACUUUGUGAACUCAGGAGAGUUCACAUGGAUAAGAGUUCCAAUUAAGUAGAUUACUGGUGUCAGGCAUCAAUACAAAGCAACAACCUGUUAGUUUUAUGUCAGCAUGUUAAGCUCUGGGCAGCUAUUGAAAAUACAAAAUAUUAAAAAUUAAAGUAGAAGAAAAUAUCAAAUUAGUGAUGCAGUAACUUACUCUGCCACUAAUCAGCUGACUGGCUUUGGGCUACUCAAUUGUGUAAGCCAUAGUUUCUCACCUAUAUUCUUACUUAUGAAGGAGUUAAAUAAAAUAAACAUAUCCCUUUAA